AUUAAAGAGUGGCCCAAGGGCUCUGGGCCCUAAGUCUUUUGUGCCAUUCCCUUGAUUUCUUGCCCCUUCCCUCUUUUUUAACUUUUUUUUUUUUUACAGGGUGGCAGGAUGCAUUGCAAAAUGCAGUGCUAGAGUUCCUAGCCACAUGCCAGGCUGUGACCCAGAUUGUGAUUGCUGGAUAUCAUGAGCGGAUGGUAUUGACCGGUGACAAGAAACUUCUAACUUCCCCAUCAGUUUCAGAAUUGUGCAUGGCAACUGAUGGCAAAGCUCUUAUUCCUUUGCGUCAGAAGACAAGGAAGAAAAAUCAAGGAAUUUGUGCAAUGAGCCGUCGAAGAAUCUCCUGUAAGGACUUGGGACUAGCCAAUUGCCAGGGGUGGCUAUACAAGAAAAAAGAAAAAGGGGGCUUUAUUGGCAACAAAUGGAAAAAGUUCUGGUGUGUACUGAAAGCUUCGUCAUUAUAUUGGUACAGCAAUCAAUUGGCAGAGAAAGCCGAAGGAUUCCUCAGCCUUCCAAACUUCACAGUGGAACAAGCGACAGAGUGCAAGAAAAAGUAUGCUAUGAAGAUCAUCCAUCCACAGAUCAAGACGUUUUAUUUUGCAGCAGAAAAUGUGGAGGAAAUGAAUAUAUGGCUGAGUAAACUAGGUGUGGCUGUCCUUGACAAACAAGACAAUAAGAAGAAUGAAGAAGAGUGCUAUAGUGAGAGCGAGCAUGAAGAUCCAGAAAUAAAUGUGGAGACACCACCCCCUCCAUAUUCAGAUCAGCCACUGCUGCCUCAUUUGGACCAGCAAGAGCCUUCCUUGACAUCGCAUGCAUCAAGUGAAGUAUCAUGUUCUUUGUCCUCACCAGAAAGCGCUAUGAAGUCCGAAGGAUCCUCUUCUUCCUCACUGUCCAAAGUAUUGUAUCCAGAGGGACAAUCAUGGCUUGACUUUGUUAACAGCACUUCCAAUGGGGAACAAAUGGACAAUCAGUCUUCAGCUGUCUCUGGUGACUCUCAAGAUACUGAUCACUUGGUGACAGGCUGUACUGCAACAUUGGAAAGUGGGACUGUCAAACCCGAAUGCAGCUUUCGGAUGUCUUUGAAUGAAGAUGCAUCUAUGUUAGGUAGUGCUAAGGGUAACCUAGCUGUGCCUGGGAUAGCAGCAUCGAAAACUCUACCUAAAGAACAUGCAAAAUGCUCAAUAGAUGAAAUGGAGAAACUUUACAAGUCCUUAGAGCAAGCAAGUUUAUCUCCCAUUGGGGACCGGCGGCCUUCUACCAAAAAGGAGCUGAGAAAAUCCUUUAUCAAAAGGAGCAAAAACCCAUCAGUUAAUGAGAAACUCCACAAAAUCCGCGCACUGAAUAGUACAUUAAAGUGUAAAGAGCAUGAUUUGGCCAUAAUUAACCAGUUGUUGGAGGAUCACGAGUUAACAGCAAGGAAGUACAGAGAGUGGAAGAAUUCAAACACCAUGUUGGUUCAAGAUAUCUAUCAGCAGCAGGAUGUUCUGAAUACAUCUGAAGGAAAUAGCACAGAAGCAGGGAUGGUGCUUCAACCAUCUUUCAUCGAAAGUACCAUCUGAGACCAAUGGACUGUGUGGUACUUUCCCCCAGUACCUCUUCACUUACAAAUAGUUUAAGCUGCUACAAUUUCAGGUUUUGUUUUUCUAGGGAAUUAUCACUUCCUACAAUGGAAAACUCAACCCAUUAUCUAGAGCAUUAUUUCUUCCCUUAACAAUAGGAGCAUAGGAAGCUGCCUUAUACUGAGUCAAUUCAUCUAGUUUAGUGUUGUCUACACUGACUGGAAGCUGCUCUCCAGGCUUUCCGACAGGCAGUCUUUCCCAGUCCUACAAGGGGUUGAACAUGGGACCUUCUGCAUGCAGAGCAGAUAUUCUACCCCUGAGCUAUGGCCUGUCAUCAUCCUAUCUUUCUUUAAACUAGAAUGUCACCACCCAAGGUGUCACAUCAUGAUGAUGUUACUCUUGGCAAAGCUGUGAGGAGAAAGUUUAUCUGGUGGACAAGAAAUGGAAUUCUAUUUUUUUUUUUAAAAAAAGUGGCUGACCUUCAUAACACAAAUGUUUUAGCAAGCAUAGCACCUGAACAUUAUGGAUUUCAAAGAGUAUGUACAUAUUGUAAAUAAGAAGUCUGAGUUAUUUUAAAGUUUGUUGAGAGAAGUAAAAAAAUUGAGUUGCAGAAAUGCUACCAGGGUUUAAAAAACAAAACCACCAUUUUGUUGUAGCUUCUCUAACCUUCAAAAAAAAAAUUAGUCUUUGCUGAUGACAAGCUGUUUUCAGUACAGAGGGGAAAAGGGAAAUAAAGACCAUGUCUGUACUCUCUUAUAAAGCCUUUCAUCUGUUCAGUGAAUACCUUUAACAAUCACAGUGUCACUGCAUUUAUGAAUGGUUGAAACAAAAGUGAUUUCUUACAUCAUGUGGGGAAAGUUGCAUUGGAAUUUUUCUUCAUGACAAAAUAAAUUCUUCA